AUGAAGGCCUUCAGCAUUGCAGUUGCAGUGACACUCGUGCUGGCCUUUGUCUGCUUCGUGAGGAGCUCGCCGCUUCCCUUCGCCGGGGAGGCCGAGCAGGAGGAAGCCAGGAGCAAUGACACUCCAGCCGCGGACAUGUCGGCGCAGUCGGGGACGCAGGGGGCGAGCAGAGUGAGCAGAGUGAGGAGGCAGCUGAGCCACCUGCCGCUGUGCCCGUGGUUCUGCAGCCGUGUGACCAACAAGGGCCUGGCUCCGUGUGCGGCGCUGCCGUGUGCCGUGAUCUAA